AUGCGAUGUGGUGCAGCGCUGCACGCGAUGCGCGUGGUGGUGCGUCAGAGCUCCGCUCUCCCUCCCUUACCGUCUCCACCCCCCGCCCCCGCGCUCUCUCGCUCUCUCCACCUUGGUGACUCACUUUCCCAGGGUGACUCACCGAGCUCUCGGACCACCUGUCGCACCUUUUGCCAUCCCCCAUAUGAUCCAUCCGCCUCGACAAUACAAAGUAACCAUGGUACCACGGUGUAG